AUGAAGCUUAACUCACUUUCUAUUUGGGGACUUUUAUUAUUACUUUCUGUUGAUUUUGUUUGCGGAGGAACUGAUUAUUAUCAAAUUCUGGGCGUUCCUCGCUCAGCAACUGCAAAAGAAAUUAAAAAACAGUACAAACAAUUAUCAAAAAAAUACCACCCUGAUAAAAAUCCUGGUGAUAAAGAAGCAGAGCAGAAGUUCGUUCAACUAGCUGAAG